AUGGCCCCUCCUACUCCCACCCCCAACGCGUUCGCCGCUAUGAGGAACUUUGGUGGUUUGGCGUCAUCUGCCCUUUCCCUCGGCGACAGAUCUCGCCAAGUCUCCUCCCUCGGUCUCGGUACUCUUUCUCUGAGGGAGCCAUCCGGCACUGCUUCUCCUCCUCGUUCCGCUUCUCCCGCCGUCCCUCGCCGCAGGACGCCCGCCUUCCGUCCUGAGGGUGACGAUGAUGAUGAUGAUGAUGAUGAUGAUGAUGAUGAUGAUGAUGAGGACGAUGCUGGUCAUGAUGGUGACGAUGAGAAAGGUGAGGAGGCUAGGGUUGUAGGUGAGGAUGAGAGUGAGCUAGAAGAGUCCUCGGAUGAUGAUGAUGUGAGAGAGGUGGUUGAUGUAGAUGACGACGAGAUGGAUGGUCCUGCGCGUGGAAGAGCAUUAGCCGCAGGGGUCGGAGGAUUAGAAGGUACUGGCGGAACGAACUCAUCUCCUUGA